GCUAAUUUUGUUGUUUUAGGUGUUGUAUUUUGGUGACAGUAUGAGGUCCGAUAUUCACCCUUGCAGUACCCAUGGCAACUGGCAGACUGUCUUUGUGCUGGAAGAGAUGGAAGUUGAGGAACUUCUCCCAAAUGAAACCUCUGUUGGCAUGGCAACAGAUCAGAGUGACGGACCAAAUACCAGAACAGGUCCAUCCAAGUUGGAGAGAGAAUUCCUUCUGUCCAACCAAUGGGGUUCAUUCUUUACUGAUGAGCUACAUGUACCCAUAAACAGCACACAUACUGAAGAGGACAGUGUUGAUAGUACAUCCAGUGUUACUAAACCUUGUUGUAACCCCUCAAGUGUAGACAGUGCUAACCCUACAGUGUUGAAUACAUUUUGGACUGGAUUGAUGAAGAAACAUGCUACAAUAGCUGUACCCAGAAUAGAUUACAUGUCAGAUUUCCCAACAGACUACAACUUUGAAACUUUUAAGAGUAGUGACUGGAGAAAAGGCUACCAUCCGGGUAAACCUAAAAACACUGCGCCCUAAAAUCAGCAUCCCUUCACCCAGUGCUUUCACGUGUUUCAAAUUAAGGGGCAAAUGGAGCCCAAUUCGGAGUUGGAGCCUAUGGUUUGAAAACAGGCCUAUGUACACGUGUUAGCGAUUUUAACAUAACAAGCUGCCAUUAAAGGAACACGUUGCCUUGGAUCGGACAAGUUGGUCUAUAAAAAGCCUUUGAAACCGUUUGUUAUGAAA